AUGGGUAACCAACAACUCAGUGAAAGGGCCAUAGCCUUCCUAAAGUCAAGGCCAAAGACCUUGACACCGCCCACUGAUGACGACAGCGAGGACGGCAAGUCCAUGACUGAAGAGCCCCGUCUGAGUGAUUUGAGAUUGAACGAGAGCAUUCCAGUCCAGCAGGCGGAUACCCCAACUCACAAACCACGAAGAAGAAGAUCAAUGGCAGAAACACAAGGGAGCAAGGAUACAGCAAAGCCAUUCGACCUCACGAACCAUCCUCUCCGGCACCACCAAACCUACGAGCAGUCAUCUUACCAAGCAGUACCUUCUCCACUGCCAAUCGAACGUCCCCAAAAACAACAACGAAGACCAGAACCAUCGCACAAGACCUUCAUCCCCACGAUCCUCCCUUACUUGCCACAAAACCCGUUUGGCUCCGUCUCAGCUCCAUACCCUCCACCCACGAUUCCCCUCCCACCGCUUCCCAUCAGCAGCAACUCCUCUCCCAUCAACCCCCUCCACACCCUCCUCACAAACCUCACAACAACCAAACUCGUCCGCUCAAUCCACGCCCGCCUCCUCCUAAACCCCGACACUUUCGGUGCCCAAAUCCUCACACCCCUCCAAACCCUCUACCACCCCAAUACGCAUCAAGCCCUCCACCUCUUGAACACAUUCCCUCUGCACGAAGGCGAAAAGCUCCGCGCCCUCAGCGAUCGCCAGAAACGUCUCGAAAGCCAAAUCUGUUUAUCCCAAGUUCUAGGAUUCCUCGAGAUUAUGAAGACCCUUCCAGCUGUCAGUCAAGGGACGAGUUUUGUGGUGGCGAAGGUGGAGAGGGAAGUGGGGGAUGUUUUGGUGAGGAUGUGUGAGAAUGAUGCGCAGGAGAGGUCGAAGGAGGAUAUCGUGGCGAUUCAGGAGUAUUUGAAGAGGGAGAUGGAGAUGGAAGGGCGGAAGCAGGAGGGGGCAGAUGGAACGAAGAUGGAUAGAAUGGAGGGCGGUGCUUCAUCGAAGGGUAUCGCGCAUGAGGUGGGAAAGGAACAGAAGGCGGACGCGUCGAAAAGUCUUUCUUGCUAA